AUGGAUGUAUUAAAAGAAAUUCAAGAGAGAAUCGCUGAAAUUCAAACACUAUAUCCCGAUCACAUGAACUGCGGCCAAUCGUCGAAAUUCACUACGUGCCAACCGUUGGAAUUUGCUGCACUCUUAGAGAAGUUCAAAGAAAUAAAGAACUGGCUGGCCGAUGUGGAUUUGAAAAACAAAACAAUCAUUACACUUCUUGUAAUUGGUCGAAUAGUAAAUGCGUUUGCGGGCCAGAUACAUGCCAAUGUGUGA